AUCACAAAAAAAACAUGAUGCAGUAUUGUACAAGCCUACCGAUCAACAAGUGAUAAUUUGAGUAUAGUUCUAUUAAUUUUUUCAUUGCUUUCAGGGAUUGUUGAGUAAGCAUGCUCAUUUUUUUGCUUGGAUUCAUCCUUGGCAUAGAAAUACUGCAGGCUCUCUAUCUCCAACCGAAUCUGGUUCCCAACAGGCAUAAGAGGGAUAUAGAAGCUGAGAACAUAACCUUUACCUUCGAAUGCAAAGGCAGAGCAAUAGGAUUUUACGCCGACGUCGAGCACAACUGCCACAUUUUUCACAUGUGCGAUGAAGAUGGUAGAAGAGUUCCACACAUGUGUGCAAACGAUACUAGCUUUAAUCAGGAAUAUAGAAUUUGUGACUGGGAAUACAAUUUCAACUGUUCUGAGGCACCAAUGUGGUAUUACCUAAAUGAAUUGACCUACGCAACUGACAAACCAUUUGAGGAGGAUUAUGAUUAUGGUGGAGAAUAACUGCAGUUCGAAUACAUCCUUGUUCAUGUAAAAAUUGUAAAUGUAUAUUUAUUUUUUGAAUUAAACGAUUAUGGGAAAAUA